AUGUCUAACAACGUAUACGCUAAACUUCGCAACUUCUUGUUAAAUGCCAAAGAAGAAACGAUUACCGCAGGAUCUGUCAUUUACCAAGUGGUAGGGGAGAACCCUUGGAUUUCUAAAGAUGAAUUAAAAAGCAUUAUAGAAUUUGCGUUCGAAAUUUCAUAUAGGUCCGUUUGCAGUUUACUUGCUAUUGGAGCCAUAAAGACGAAUAAAGAAAAACCUCUUACUCCUCAACAAAUUAUAAAAAACAUAAAUGAGUUGAAGGGGAAGCUUAAGAAUUAUAAAAAGUCGCCACUUCAUAAGCGUUUACUUUUAGAAGUAGAGAAAGUUUCUCACGACAUUAAAUUGGAAGAAACCAUUGGCUA